AUGUCGGCUGGUGACAGUGGAAGUGCGAACCAAACUUUACAGGAAGUGGCAACUGUAGUGAAUGGCAUCGGUUCCUAUCUUCAUCAGACCAACUUCAUCCUCAGUUGUAUUUCUCUCGUCAUCAAUUCAUUCCAUCUCCUCGUUCUAUCUCGGAAAUCAAUGAAAACCUCAUCCACUAAUAUUAUUCUUAUUGGUCUAUCUAUCAGUGACACAAUUAUCAUGCUCACAACAUUAUACAAACAUUAUGUCAUGGUUGAUAUGGAAAACUCUGACUGUGUCACUUCGGAGUAUCGUAUCAAAGUGUACAUGGAUUUAACCGUUUGGUCUAUUUUGGUAGUGUUCAGAAGAUGUGGAUGUUGGCUUGGUGUGCUUAUGGCAACAGUAAGAUACUUCGUAGUAAAAAAAAUUACUGUCAGCAGAUAUGGUAAUUGGUCUGAACCUCGAGUUGGAUGGGUUAUGGUAUUUUCGGUGUUUUGUAUCAGUGGAUUGCAGACCAUUUUAUAUCAAUCUAGAUGGAUGGUUGUCGAGAAUCGAAGUGUGCCGCUACCAAUAAACUGUGCGGAAUAUCAGAACAUAAACCGUGCUCCACAGUUCUCGACCAUGCUCACACCAUUCUUCAGUUUUGACAAUCAGAUUGUGUUGAGAAGCUAUGUGAUGUUCGAUUCGAUCGUCACCAAGUUUAUUCCAUGCAUUGCCUUUCCGGUUCUGACGAUAUCUCUUUUACGAGUUCUCCGAAAAAUGAAGAAAUCUGGAGGAAACAGUGGAAGAAAAAUCAGUGUUUCAAGUGAAGAGAAAAAGGGAUUAACAACGAAACUCAUCGUCAUUCUGACUAUUUCUUUCUUCCUGACAGAAGCGCCACUGGGAUUUAUUUAUCUUGUAAAAGUAUUCUUCGAUAGAAAUGACCCUAUUCUCUUACUCUCCACGGACUUCGUCGUUUAUUUCUCAAUGCUCGUCACCAUCAACUCGAUUCUUCAUCCAAGUUUUUGUGUGAUGAUGUCCAGCCAGUACAGGGAUUCCAUUCGGAAGAUGCUUGGAGUGAAAAGAAAUCCGAAGAUGUCGUCGGCGAGAAACAAGACAAGCGUUAUUUCAGUGCAAGGGAUUCAAAUGACCUAA